AUGGCUGACAUCAUUAACAAAGCCCGCAUCAGACAACGCUCUGUUGCCAUCACCCUACUUGAUCUGAAGAAUGCUUUCGGCGAAGUCCAUCAUAAUCUCAUCCAAUCAGUACUCGACUACCACCACAUCCCAGAACACAUAAAAUUCGUUAUAAAAAGUUUAUACACUGAUUUCCAAACCUCAAUAAUUACCUCCGAAUUCCGCACCCCUUUUAUAUCUGUUGGCCGUGGCGUAUUGAAAGGGGAUUGCCUCAGUCCUCUUCUUUUCAAUACAUGCUUCAAUACUUUCAUCCAACAUAUCAAAGCUGAAAAAUACCGUCAGUUUGACUUCUCCUUCAAGCUAUUAAAUCCUAUCCACUGGUUCCAGUUCGCUGAUGACGCAGCCGUAAUCACUGGCCAAGAAUCUGAAAACCAGCAUCUCUUAAAUCGUUUUUCCAUCUGGUGCCAAUGGUCCAAUAUGAUUAUCAGAGUCGAUAAAUGUAGUACCUUUGGCAUCAAGAAAGCCAUCACAAAAUCAGUCCAAUAUUUGCCCAAACUCCUCAUCAACAAUAAUCUGAUACCAGCAAUAAAGAUUGGAGAAGCAUUUCAAUAUGUAGGACGUUACUUUGAUUUUAACAUGUCGAAUAACAACCAUAAGACUGAACUAACCACUCUCGUUAACGAACUAAUGACUGAUAUUGACUCGAAGCCACUCCACCCAAGAAAUAAGCUUCUCGUGUACAGUCGUUAUGUCUUAUCCAAAUUAUCCUGGCAUUUCACCAUCGCAACACAUUCUAAAACAUGGGUUAUUGAAAAUAUUGAUCCUGCAGUCAACCAAUACAUUCGUAAAUGGCUUGAAAUUCCAAUGUCAGGAACACUAAGUACUGUUUUUCUAACCCGUAACAAAUUUGGUCAAAGUAUUUGCCCUCCAUCGGUGAAAUUUAUCCAAUGCCAAACAGUUCUUCGAAAAGCUUUAAAACUUUCUCCUAAUCAAUCAAUUAACGAACUGUGGAAAUCUACUAAUACUCAUACUAAUGGCCAAAACGACUUUUAUAACUCAACCAAAGAAGUGCUUAAAGAUUUUCGCUCUGAACAUGAAGAUAAACUCAAAAACCAAUUAACUUGUCAGGGAUCCUUUUUCUCUAAUGUAACAAGGUUCUCCUUGUUGCAUCUUAACAAAGUGUGGUCUACUGCUCAAUCAAAACUUCCGAAAAACAUUUAUAACUUUACUAUACGCUAUAUUAAUAACUCUCUUCCGACACGUAAGAACCUUAGCAGAACCUAA